AUUUUUUUGUUAUCAAACUUUAUUUUUGUAAUAGACAGAACAAUAUAAGUUAUAACCAGUUAUAGUAUUAUUUGCUCAAUUCUUUACUAUUUGCUCACUCCUUACUCAGUAUAGAAUCAAAAUGGAAAAAAUCCAUAGACAAACAAUAAAUAAUAAUUUAUCUGAUCUCAUAAAUGCUACAAAUUUUUUGGAUUCUAUUGUAGACAAAUUAUUAGAAAUAAAUGUAAUAAAUAGCUGGAUGAAAAACUAUAUUAAGGUAAACAAUUAUUAUUUAAAUUUUUUUGAUUCAUUUUGCUUUAUAAUUCUGUAAGAAUAUUCACCUAAUAUCACUGAUCUCCAAUUAUCCGUGUCCUGAAUUCUAUCUUUCUAAUUUGUUAUUUUUAAUAUUUCUAAAUCCUUUGUUUAUUCAUAUAUCUAUCGGUUAGUAGUCUUCAUUUGGAUCGUUUUCCAUUUAAUUGUUGUUCUUAAACUCUUGGUUUCUACAUUUGACAUCGUUUGACUAAACCAUUGGAGUAUUUGGUCUUUAAUAUAACUUGUUACAUAUUCCUGAAACAUUCAAAAUAUUAAUAUAUUAUUUUAUACAAAUCUGUAAUCUGUUUCUUUUGUUAAAGGAUCCUACAGAAGAAUCUAUUCGAAAACUUAGAUUAUACCAAUUAAUCCAAGGACGUGGACCUAGGGCAUUCUCAUUACUUUGCAAAACAUUAGAAGAGACUUCUAAUAUAAAUGCUCGCAAUAUUUUGCUAAAUUUAAGAAUAAGGUAGGUACCUACUUUUACUAUAGUCUCUUAAAAUAAAUGCAUGAAUAAUAUUUUUUCAUCUCUUUAUACUAAUUGAAAAGCACUAUCUACGCAUAGAUAAAAUAAUUAGUUACAAAUUGUAAAGUAACCUAAAUUUUUUAAAAUAUGCAGGUUAAGUAAGUAUUAUUUCAAUUUUGAUUUUCUGAGUGGAGCGUGUCAAGUACUUACUCAUGAGGGCUAUUUUAGUCAGGAGAUAUUUUAAAAUAUUGAAAUACUAACACCCCAUUGUUUCUAAGUCAAAUAUAUAUUACAUACUAAAUGCUUUGGAAUCUUACAAACGUGUAGUGAGAUUAUUCUCUGAUUUUAUUAUAAUUUAUUAAUGCAAUUUUAUAGUUCCAUGAAUUAUGUGUAAAUAAGUUGUAUUUAUAUACAAAAUUAAAACAUCUCCCUCUUUUAAAAACCUAGUUAGAAAUAGUAAAGCUUUUUUCCAAAGUUUUGUUUUUUCUCACAAAAACACUUUUCAAUAUUUACACUGAUUUUUUUAUUUUCGAAGAAAAUUUUAAUUUUACAAAAAUGUACCGAUUGAUAGGUUAAUUCAUUUUUUUUAGGAAAUAAUUAGAUACUCAACAGUUUACAAUAUUUAUUUUUAGUUUUUACUAUCCAUAAAAUUAUAGAGUACAUUCACAAAAAAAUUAAAAACCAAGUUAUUAUUUUCAUAAGAUAUGAGCAUUGGUAAUUUUUUUUUUAAUUUCAUAAGAAAAGAGUAACUUAAAAAAACAUUAUAUAUUUUUAAGAAAUAAUUUGUACUACCAAAAUUAUUUUAUGAAAUUUUUUGUGAAAUAAAAAUUUAAAUAAUUAUUUAUAAAACAUGAAUUAUAUGUAUUUAGUAAAAUUUUAAGUUUAAAUUGCCAUAGGUUAAAAAUUAUGCUCAAUCAAACUCAAAAUUAAUAGACCCUAUUAGAAGUUUUGGAACAUAAUUUUGGCUUUCAAUAUUAAAAAUUUGUUAAGCAAUUUUAUCCUUAUCUGUUACAUAUAUUAACAUGAUAAAUAUUAAAUACCUCUAGGUAUAUACCUUUUUUGUAAUAUGAUAUUUGUUUUCUCAUUUUUCAGUGUUCAAAAUCCAAAUGAUUCUUUAAUUACUAGAAUGAUUGAUAUGAAUUUAAAUAAUAGUAAUAGUUCACUGCAUGAUGAGCCAUACGUCAAAAUUCAUCCUAAUCUCCAAAGAAUGGAUAUAUAUGAACAAAAUUUACCUACCGGGGUAUGUUUUUUUUAUUCCUUACAUAAUUUUAAUUAAGUAACAAUUUUCAUAUUAUUUUUAUCCUAAAACUAAGUCACAUCUGAAUCUGGUUAAUGCAAUGUGGGUAAAAAAUGAACUUAGUAAAAUAAUUAAAUAAAUAUUUACUUUCAUAUAACCCCAACAAAAAACUUUAAAAUUACCCAUAUACACUUGACUGUGACGAGCAAUGCAUAUUUCAUAUUAAUUGGUUUCAGUUAGGACGUAUCGUAAGUACAUAUAUACAAUACCUAUACAUUUGUUUUUUUUUUCAGGCAUAUCCAAUGGGAUCAAAUCCUAAGGGUCAUGCAUUAAUAUUAAAUAUUAAUAAGAUAAAAGGUAAAGAUGAUAGAAUUGGUUCUGAUGUUGAUGUCGAAAAUUUACAAAAACUAUUCCACGGUCUUGGAUAUGUUAUUCAAUUAAAAGUUGAUGGUACUGAUAAAGUAAAUAUGAUAUAAUACUUAUUUAAUUUUCUUGCAUUACUUUUUUAUUACAUUUUGAUGUAGGAAAUCAAAAGAAAUAUUGAUGAUUUUAUAAAUACAUGUCACAAUACAAAAUCUGCCUCAAUUGUUGUUUUUAUAAUGAGUCAUGGUGAAGCUGGAAAUAAUUCUUCUAGAUCAUCAGAUGUAUUGACUUCAGAUGGCAUUCCAAUCAACACUGAUUGGAUAAUUGAAAAAUUUGGACCUGAUAAAAUUUCUAGUAGUGUACCAAAGUUGUUUUUUAUACAAGCAUGCCGGUAAUUUAAAAUUUAUUGACUUGGAAUAUUCCCCCAAAAUAAUAUAACAAUAUUUUUAUUUUAGAGGAAAUAAUAUUGAUUUUGGUUGGAAAUCUUUUGACAACGAAAAUAAUAGAGUUCAAAAUGAUGCAAAACAAACUUUUUAUGCAAUACAAGAAGAACAAUCUUUUCAAAAUCGACGAUAUGAAAAUGUAUUUAUAGCAUAUGCUACUGUUCCCGGUAUGAUUUUUUUCGUUGUAAAUACAAUUAAAAUACAACUUGAAUAUGUAUUGUAUUCAUAUUUUAUGUUUUAGGGUAUAACGCAAAACGUGACUGCGAAUAUGGAUCAUGGUUUGUACAAAAAUUUUGUGAAGUAGUUCGUAAAAAUGCCUGGAAAUUUGAUUUGGACACUAUGAUGAAAAUGGUUAAUAUUAAAAAUUAAUAAUCAUGUAAUAUGAUUAUGGCUGUAAUGUUUUGAUGUUAUAGGUGGAUAUUGAAAUUAGAAACCUCAACUGCGAAAUGAAUGGAUUCCAAACCCCUGAAUGGUCAAAUAGAGGUUUUAAUAAAAAGUUUUAUUUUAACCCUGGUCUGUAUGAUGAUAAUUCUGAGCAGAGUACUUCACAGACUAAUUUAUAAAGUUCUUUGAUAAAUCCUACUGAUAAAUUAAAAUAGUAAAAUAGACUAUCAUAAAUUUAUUUAUAUUGAUAUCUCACUAUUUUAUUUAUAACUAUAAUUGAGGGGCUGGAUGCAAGAUAGGCAUUUUCACAGAAAUGCUCUUUUUGCUUAAAAUGUUUUUUUGAACUCAGCUACCUCUAUACAAUAUGUAUAUAAAAUUUUAGUUUGAAGUUUUAAUAAUAGAGCACUGUAGAAGCUUUCACAUGAUGGUAAAUGGCUUUCUUGCAUAGAAUCACAUAUUAUAUAUGUUAUAUUUAUAAAUAAUAUUGUUUUUUGUUCAAUGAUUUAAAAAUAAUAUGGUAGAUAACUUUGUUAGUUUUCGUUGUAGAUUAAUAGAUUUGGUAAAAACUGUUUCUAAAUUAUUAUUGUAAGUCUCAUGUUUUCGUUGUAAUAUGUUACACUUCGUGACUAUUAAGUAUUAGUCAUUUUUGUAAUUUUAUUUUUAUUCUCAUAAUUAUUAUUAUUUAUUAUUAUGUUCAUAUUAUUCAAAAGUUAUGAAUAAAUUAAUAAAAUUCAAAUUCUUUAAUUAUUAUAAUUGAAAUAUAAUAGGUAAUUACUGUUUGGUGCAAGAAGGGCAUUUUCAUGACCAAAUAACGCUUUAAUUUAAAACUUAGUGGACACAUAGAAAAAUAAAACAAAAACAAUUAUUUUUUUUUAAAUUUGAUCUAUCAUAUGACACAAAUUUUAUAACCAUGCGAGUAGAUCCAAAAGAGUGUCACACAUUUGAAACUUCAACUCUGUUUACCUCAAAAUCACAUUUUUCUAGAAAAUGCUCUUGCACCCAGCCCCUCAAUUAUAACUAUACAAUUAUUUAUUAUUUAAUUUAAUUGAUACUAGACUGUGAACUAUUUUUUUAAAUUUUUUUUAUGCAUUCUGUGAUGAGUUGAAUAUUUCAACAUUUCCAGUUGAAAUAGCUUUAAGUAAAAGCUCUAUACCAAUAUAUUUUAGAUUAAGCAAAGAGAACAUAUCCUGGACUCUUUUUAAAUAUAUAUAUUUUUUACAAUUUGUAUGUUUAUAAAAAAAAUAAAUAAUUAUUAUAAUGAGUUGUUUUUUAUUUAUCAUUAUUUUUACAUAUUUUACAUUAUUAAUAUAUUACAAUAUUAACAUUAAAAUGUGUAUACUACAACUACAUAUUUAAUAUCAAUAUGUGUAUUCAUAAAAAAAAAAAUACAAUCGCAAAAAACCUGAAUUAUUCUGAUGAUUCAGAACUACUACUAAGUCUUCUUUUUGUUUGUUUCUUAGUUUUUUUUUCUGUUUUAGAAAUUAACUUCUGUUCUUUCAUCAUUAAUUUAUCCAUUCGAUCUAAACGUCUAAAAUAUAAAUCAAUAAAUGAUA